AUGGCGACGGAAAGGUCAAAUGAGAUAGCGGCUCUAUAUCCUCCACCGCCGCCUUACAUUAAGUAUUUUACGGAGGAAAACGUGCAAAAAAUGUCCAGGGUUACAUCAGAAGGUGAGAAAAGGGAAGCUGAGGGCGUUGAGGGCGAUCUAAGCUAUCUUGUCCCUCCCAGUAUCCCAGAAUCUGGUCAUUAUAGGGCUUUUGGAAGUAUAUGGCACAUCAAAGACGAAUUGCCGGACUUGAUCAAAUCCGGCAUGACGCAGCUGUAUGAUUCCGAGCAAGCCGGCGCGUCAAGCAGCUACCAGGACAGAAUCAAGGAACUUCACAGGCUGCUCAAAUCGUUGCUCUUAAAUUUUCUCGAGCUCACCGGGAUUCUUAGCAUCAACCCAGAAAAAUUCCCCGAGAAGGUUGACCACAUUCGCACCAUCCUCAUCAACAUACAUCACCUGCUGAACGAAUACAGACCGCAUCAGUCGCGGGAGUCGCUGAUAAUGCUCUUGGAAGAACAACUAGAAUACAAGAAGCGCGAGAUUCGAGAAAUAAAGUCGGUGUGCGACAAUGUCCGCUCGCAGCUCGACAAGCUGCUGCCAAAUUCGGCGCCUGCGACUCAGGGCCAGGAUCAAGAGAAUCAAAGGGACGCGAUGGGAUUGUAA